CGGGUAUACUUUCUAUAUCAUAACAGUUUGGCAAGAAGGAAAAUCUCUCGGCAAACUCUACACUAACCCGAAUCUGUCUAAAACAAUAAAGGGCGUUAAACAAUAAACGGGCUGCUACAUAUUACUUGAUCUCCGAGGGAUGGAUGCAGUCCCAGGCCGAAAUGCUACGAAAGCAACUAAAUCAGCCCAUGAAACCACUUAUUGCCAGCCUUGUUUUGAAGAUGGCAAGACACUUCCUCCCGAGGCCUUCUGUCCCGUCUGCAAUGAGUUCCUCUGUUCUACCUGUGCCCGCGUACACAGGAACAUGAAGCUGACUAGGAACCACCCCCUCCAGGAUAAGAGCAGUAUGCCUUCCUCCUUCCGUGCCGACAGUGCGGAUAAGCAUUUUACAGAAACAUGUAAGCUCCAUGUUGAAAAGUUCAUAGAAUACUACUGCCCUCAUCAUGAGGACCUUCUUUGUGGAUACUGUGUGGUUGGGAAUGAAGAACAUCGCUCUUGUAAUGUAGAGAAGAUUUAUCAAGUGGCAAAACGAUACAAGGAAGCUUCAGAAUACACCUGUCUGAUGGCAGGACUUGGCAAAAUUGUGAAUGACAUUGAAAACUAUUCAUCAAACAUACACGCAAGCAUGAAUUCGGUGGACGAAGAAAGUCUCACCAAUAUCAAUGAGCUUCGCAAAUUUAGGAACGAAAUCAACCAGUACCUGGAUAAGAGGGAAAAGGAGUUACUGGAAGAAAUCGAUCAGAAGAAACGAAACUCGUCGUCACUGCUAAAUGAAUUGAAAUCAAAAUGCAAGAACGUGAAACAAGCCACUGAAAAACUUAGUUCGGAGCUACAAGCACAAGAAGCGAACAGCAACCAGCUGUUUAUAGUAGGAAAGCGAGCUGUAAAAGAGCUGACAGGUCUGCAAAAAGCCUUGGACGAUGUAGACAGGUUGAGUAAAGUUCCCCAGUACACGCUACUUAGGGAUCCCGCCAUUGAACAUUUGCUAGCUUCUAACACAGCAAUAGGAAAGUUGGAAGAGAAGGAAUCAACUUCGGCGUUAGAACAGCAACAACACAAACCUGAGACGAUGCAGCAACAACGACAGCAAAAGACAAAGCAGCAACAGCUUUUACAUGCACAAGCCCUUAUGCAGAUCCGUGCAGACCUAAGCCAGUCCCAGUUCAAAAGACGACCGGGCAUCCCAAUGAAGACAUCAGAAGAUACCAAUGACUGCUUCCUGACCAGUCUUGCCUUUUUGCCAGGGGACAGGUUCCUAUUGGUUGAUUGCAACAAUACAUCAGUGAAGCUAGUGGACACCAAGUCUAACAAGGUGGUGUCCCAGUUGAAACUGUCGAGUUCGCCAUGGGACCUGUGUCUCCUGCCCGGAGACAAGGCAGCCGUACUCUGCCUACUGAGGGAAACGUACAGUUUGUAUCAACUAAGGACAAAGUCACACUACAGGGCAUUAUUAAGGUGGGUGUACAAUGCUAUGGAAUAGAUUUCUGUGAUGACAACCUGAUAGUGUCGUUUAUAGCCCCCGGCAAGGUUGUGUUGAUGGACAUGAACGGAACGUGUAUUAAGUGUGUGGACAAAUAAAGCGAUGGAGCAUUUUUGCUUUGUCGUUUUCUAACAGUGGCAAAAGAUGGCCAGACUCCGGCCAUCUUUGUCUCAGACUCUUUCAACAGCAUCAUUACCAAGCUGAGCAUCUCAUUGGAGGUCCUCCAGACCUUCAAGGACCCGGCUCUGACGGAUACAUAUGGUCUGUCAACUACGGGAGACGACCAGCUACUCCUGUGUACGAGGAAGAGUAAUAACAUCGUGUUACUGGACAUGUCCACCGGCAAGAAAACCCAACUAGUUGGAAAGGAGGAUGGGUUAGAAUGGCCAUAUAGUGUGGCUUACUGCCAAUCGCAGAAGAGGAUGCUUGUCACCUGCAGCCCCUAAGGCAGACCUUCAUUGAAAAAUUACGUGCACGUCUUCGACUUGGUAUAGAUAGUAUCAAGACUAUAACUUUAUGGGUGUGUAAUAUAUAUCCUACAUGAACUAAGUAUGAUGUUGAAGAAUGUGUAUAUCAAUAUAUUAUACUGAUAAUAUGUUUUCACAUUUUAUAUAAAAGUAAACUAUAUUUAGAAAUGUAUUUAAUUUUAUCUAAACUGUGCAAUUAAAUUGAUGGAAAAAUGUUUGAAAACUCAACAUGCCAGUAUUGUUGAAAUUAUAAAUCAUUUUAAAAUGUGCAGUUCGAAAUUAAGAUAUGAGUACGUGUAUUGUAUUGUAUUGUAUUGUAUUGUAAGUUGAACUAUUAGAAUCUGAUGGUGUAUAUAAUACGUUUGAUUAUUACCACACCAUAACGAAGUAAAAUGGGUCAAUCAGUGAGUUCAACUUAACUUUGCUUUUAUGAGGUAAAUAUUGUUUAAUUGAUAUAUUAACGGUUUGUGGUUUUAACACAUUUUAUUACAUGUAUAAAUAAGAUGUGUUGAUAUACACACAUUAACCAGUGUGUGUAGUGUUUCCUCAUAAAAUGAUUAAUA